AUGCGUGAGCCGGCUUCGAGCUGCUGAGUCUCCGGGACACGGAAGCGGAGGUCGAGCGUGCGGGGCUCUCCUGCUCCCGGACGGCUCCUGUCCGCGGGGCGGCGGCGGCGGCUGCGGCGGAAUGGAGCCCGCGACCGCGCCCCGGCCCGACAUGGCGCCGGAGCUGACCCCGGAGGAGGAGCAGGCCACCAAGCAGUUUUUGGAAGAGAUUAACAAGUGGACAGUUCAGUACAACGUUUCCCCACUCUCUUGGAAUGUGGCUGUCAAGUUCCUCAUGGCCAGGAAGUUUGACGUGCUCCGCGCUGUGGAGUUGUUCCACUCCUACAGAGAAACCCGAAGGAAGGAAGGUAUUGUGAAGCUGAAACCUCAUGAGGAACCUCUCCGUUCUGAGAUCCUCAGUGGAAAAUUCACCAUUUUAAAUGUUCGGGACCCAACAGGAGCUUCCAUUGCCCUCUUUACUGCCAGAUUGCAUCACCCCCACAAGUCGGUCCAGCAUGUGGUACUUCAGGCUCUGUUUUAUUUGUUAGACAGAGCUGUGGAUAGCUUUGAAACUCAAAGGAAUGGACUGGUGUUUAUCUAUGACAUGUGUGGUUCUAAUUAUGCCAACUUUGAGCUGGAUCUUGGCAAGAAAGUCCUAAACCUGUUGAAGGGAGCAUUUCCAGCUCGUUUGAAGAAGGUGCUUAUUGUGGGAGCACCAAUAUGGUUCCGAGUGCCCUAUUCCAUCAUCAGCCUCCUUCUGAAGGACAAAGUCAGGGAGAGGAUUCAGAUUUUAAAGACUUCUGAGGUUACCCAGCAUCUGCCCAGGGAGUGCCUUCCAGAAAACCUGGGUGGGUACGUCAAAAUUGACCUCGCCACUUGGAAUUUCCAGUUCCUACCCCAGGUGAACGGCCACCCAGAUCCCUUCGAUGAGAUCAUCCUGUUCUCCCUCCCUCCUGCCUUAGACUGGGACUCAGUACAUGUUCCAGGUCCCCACGCCAUGACUAUCCAAGAGUUGGUAGACUAUGUUAACACCAGGCAAAAGCGGGGGAUAUAUGAGGAGUAUGAAGACAUCCGUCGUGAGAACCCUGUUGGCACUUUCCACUGUUCAAUGUCUCCAGGAAACUUAGAAAAGAACCGCUACGGAGAUGUACCCUGUCUCGACCAAACUAGAGUGAAACUAACAAAACGAAGUGGCCACACUCAGACAGAUUACAUCAAUGCCAGUUUCAUGGAUGGUUACAAGCAGAAGAAUGCUUACAUUGGUACACAAGGCCCUCUGGAGAAUACUUAUCGUGAUUUCUGGCUCAUGGUUUGGGAGCAAAAAGUCUUGGUGAUUGUCAUGACCACCCGCUUUGAGGAGGGCGGCAGAAGAAAGUGUGGCCAGUACUGGCCUUUAGAAAAAGACUCUCGGAUUCGAUUUGGCUUCCUCACGGUGACCAAUCUAGGUGUGGAGAACAUGAACCAUUAUAAGAAAACAACACUAGAAAUUCACAACACAGAGGAGCGGCAGAAACGCCAGGUGACCCACUUCCAGUUUCUGAGCUGGCCAGAUUAUGGUGUCCCUUCUUCAGCAGCUUCCCUCAUUGACUUCUUGAGAGUGGUCAGAAGCCAGCAGAGCCUUGCUGUCAGCAGUAUGGGAGCACGCUCCAAAGGACAGUGUCCUGAGCCACCCAUUGUGGUACAUUGCAGUGCAGGCAUUGGCAGGACAGGUACCUUCUGCUCGCUGGACAUCUGCCUGGCACAGCUGGAGGAGCUUGGCACCCUUAAUGUAUUCCAGACAGUAUCACGCAUGAGGACCCAGAGGGCCUUCAGCAUCCAGACCCCUGAGCAGUACUAUUUUUGCUACAAAGCCAUCCUGGAGUUUGCAGAGAAGGAGGGAAUGGUGCCCUCUGGCCACAGUCUACUGGCCAUGGAGGGGCAGUAACUGUCCUACAAGUCUUCUUCCUGCUGGCCAGCCUUCCUUAAACUACCCUGGACACCGCUGAGCCUAUAGGUUGCCAUCAGUUAUGCUGAAGCCAUGGAUCAACUUCUUUCUCGUGUCUCCUGGCGCACGUGUUGCACGCAAGGCAGCCUUUCCCUUUGGCUAGAUAGAUGUGGUGAAAUUGCCACUAGAAAGGGCCAACAAUGUGUUCUUAAUUCCUAGCACCUGCUAUCAAACUGUGCCUUAUUAAAACCAAAUUGUGGCUAUUGAUUUUUGCCAGGGGCCCUGAGGUAAGUGGGGAAGGAAACUCCCUCCCCCUUUCCCAAUGCCAUUCUUUUUCUGGAGGUCUCCUCUCUUCCACUCCUUCCCUUUGCUAGGAUUUGAUGGGGAGGUUUGUGCUCAGAGAGCUUGACCAAGUUACAUAAUCUAGAGAUUGUCCCGAGUGCCAAGCACGUUUAUACAUAGGGCGUAUAUUCCAGUCCUUUCUGUCAUUCUGUGUGUGUGCGCCUGUGCAUAUGUGCACUUAUGUGUAUGGGUCCAUAUGUAUGUGUGUAUAUAAUAUAUAUUGUAUGUGAUAAUAUGGUCAUAUCCUAUAAAUACAUAUAUACACAGAUACUCUUUGUAGACAUUUCUGGGGCUCUGUGUUAUGGUUCAGAACUCCUUGCUUCUUAGACCUUGCUGUUUAUCCCGGACUAUCACGGGUUGGGGAUCAUGGCUCCUGUUGUCAGACAUCAGAGUGAUGGAAGAGGACACACAUCUCCUCCCUUCUCCUUCCACAGGCCCUAAUCCUUAAAUAAUGACUUCUUUCCUUUUGGGUUCUGCCUGUUGGAGCCAAGAAUACUGGUUUAUGGUGACACUGAUUUAAUUCAGCAUGAAUUGUCCUUAUCUAACAGUUUUGCUGUUUACUUUGACGAUUUUGAGAACAGACCUCCACUGUGAUUCCAGACCCUGUCUUUUCUUUCACUCCCCCAAGUGGAGGACCGCAGGUAGAAAUGAAUUCACUUAGCAUUCAGAGCCAAAAGCAAUCGGUACGAAGCCUACGAGGAAAAAAAGGGAGCCCAGUGUGUGAGAGAGGAAUCUGUGAGAAUUCCUUCUUGGGAAAACAAGUUUGGGUCCCUUUUUCUUUUGUUUGAAGGUUCCUUUUCUUAUACAACGUGGCCCUAUCUACUGAGAUGCUCAUCUCUCCAUGCCUGCUAGCUUGCCAGACCCUAGAGCUCAAACUGGGUGGAUCCUGUGCCAAUAAAAAGCUUAACCCCUGGCUGGGUGAGAUGGUCCCUUGCAAUCAGUCAAAUCCUUCCUACCCAACCUGUUCCUGCCUGCUCCUAGCCUACGCAACCUGAUGUGCCAGGGAUGGAAUCAAGAGCCCCCAACAUUCUACAUUCCCAAGAACACCCUGGAACCUCCAAUCCUUCGUCCCCCAUUACAGAAGAUGAGGUUGGCAGCUGAUCAAACCUCAAUAUUUUAUACUGUAAUAAGCUCUUUGAAUGUGUAUAUUCUUAUUUUUUACAAUCAUUUCAUUUUGUAUUUAACAUCAAUGAACUGAGUCAGAUUCAGAAAAUAAUUGUAAUGUUCAUAUUCAAUAUCUUCAGUGAUACAGUUUUGUAUUUACAUAUAAAUAUACCAACAUGAUCAAA